UGAAAGUAUGUUCCCAUUUCGACGAGAAUGUUCUUUACAUCACCAAAACUUAUCCAAGCUCUCGCUAGCCACGGCCAGUCAACCACCGCGAGCUCCAUCUCCAUGGACGCCUGCUCUCUCGUCCACUGCCAUCUGCCACGGCCACUGCAGCUCCCGCUCCUUGCGCCUCCAACUCCCAGCCGGCACCGGCCCCGCGUCGCCAGCGCCUUGGUCUGCUGCUGCUGCCCCGCCGCCGCGGCAGACCACCACCAGGAACGGCCCUGGGAGUGGUACGACCGCGCCAUCCAGUCCCACGCGGGGUCCGACCUGGCGCGCUCCCUAGGACUUCUCGCCGACAUGCAAGCGUCCGGGGGGCGCCCUAGCGGCAGCGCGUACGCGCGCCUCAUCCGCGCGCUGUCCCGCGCAGGGCGCGCGCUGGAGGCCGAGGCGCUCCUCCUCGAGAUGCGCCGCCUCGGCCCGCGCCCGGAAGCCGCGCACUACAACGCGCUCCUUGAGGGCCUGCUCGCCGCCGCGCACCUCCGCCUCGCCGACCUCCUCCUCCUCCAGAUGGCCGACGACGGCGUCGCGAGGAACCGGCGCACCUACACGCUCUUGCUAGGCGCGUACGCGCGCGCCGGCCGGCUCGAGGACUCGUGGUGGGUGCUCGGUGAGAUGAGGCGCUGGGGCAUUCGCCUCGACACCGCCGGGUAUAGCAUGCUCGUGCGGCUGUACCGGGACAAUGGCAUGUGGAAGAAGGCCACCGACCUCGUCAUGGAGAUGCAGGAGGUUGGGGUGGAACUGGAUGUUAAGAUCUACAGCGGCCUGAUCGAUACGUUCGGCAAGUAUGGACAGCUAGCGGACGCACGCAGGAUGUUUGAUAAAAUGCGCGCCGAAGGCGUCAGGCCAGACAUAUCGACUUGGAAUGCUUUGAUUCAAUGGCAUUGUCGGGUUGGGAACAUGAAACGCGCUCUGCGGUUCUUCACAUCCAUGCAGGAGGAAGGGAUGUACCCGGACCCAAAGAUAUUUGUUAUGAUCAUCAGCCGGUUGGGGGAACAAGGGAAGUGGGAUGAGAUUAAGAAGUUGUUUGAUGGCAUGAACAAUCGAGGUUUCAAGGAGAGUGGCGCAGUGUACGCAAUAUUGGUUGACAUUUACGGGCAGUAUGGCCAUUUUCGUGAUGCACAGGACUGUAUAGCUGCUCUUAGAGCUGAGAAUACACAGCUUUUGCCUCGUGUAUUUUGUGUCAUUGCAAACGCUUAUGCUCAACAGGGACUGUGUGAACAAACUGUAAAUGUACUUCAGUUGAUGGAGGAAGAAGGAUUUGAGCCAAACCUUGUUAUGCUGAAUUCGUUAAUCAAUGCUUUUGGCACUGCUGGAAGGCAUUUGGAGGCACUAGCUGUAUUUCAGCAUAUCAAGGAUAGUGGUAUGAGCCCAGAUGUUGUGACAUACACUACACUUAUGAAGACAUUCAUGAGAGCAAAGAAAUUUGAAAAGGUAUCUGAAGUAUACAGAGAAAUGGAACGUGCUGGAUGUGCUCCAGAUAGAAAGGCUAGAGAAAUGUUACAUGAUGCAACUGUAGUUCUAGAACAAAGAGGAUGUAUCUAUUGAAUUCGGAAUCAUUGCUGUUGUAAUUGGUCCAUUGUCAAUGCAUGUAACUUCAGGGAGCCCACCCCCUUUUUGCUUACACAUGCAUGAUGCAGAGCAAACACAGGAUUGAAUGUUCUGAUACAUGUAGAUGAUCAUGUACUGGUUUUCUUCAAGGUUGAAACACUAUGCAUGCGAAGAUUUGGAUGGUUAUGGCAUCAAGCCAAUAACUCUUUCCAAGGCUCCUGAAUGUCUAUAUGUUGAUCAGAAGAGUGAAAAAGGAUAACCGAGUAUAGUUUUCACCCUUGUACUUAGUCAUGGUUAUGGUCAAAGCAAGACUAUCAGGCAUAAACAUAAGGAUGAAUCAGAAAAUAUACAUAGGCCAUGAACAGCGAGAAGCAUAUAGACACUCCGAAAAUGAAGCACAUCAACUUGGUGGAAUUUCCUUACAGGUUUCUUUCUUUCCAAGUCAUAUAUUAUGAAUUUUGUGUGAGUGUGACAAGGAAUUGCUGAAAACAUUUGGUGUUGAUCAUUGAUUGUUAUGUAAAUGUAUCCAAGUAGCUACAUGGUAGCUUAUGCAAUCAAUUGCCAAGUGGUAGAGUGUAAACAAUACAACUACAUUUUCACUAUUUAUAAUGUCAGUUGUAAAUACUUCAAAUUCAAAGUAGCGCAACACAAUUAUGAUUCAGUCCUAAUAAACAGACUGUAAAUACUUGAUGGCUUGAUGUACUAUUAAAAUUAGAAUAGCCAAGUGUAAAUAUUUGAUUUUGUUCUGGUUACUGAAUUAACUUUGGCACCCAUUUCCACACUGUUAUUAUUGAGUUUAUUUAUUGUGGGCUUCAUCGCUUAUAAUUUAUAUACAGAAUGAAAUAAAACACAUGGUCAAACCUUUUCAUCAGAAUUGUAGGCUCUCCGUUCCUAUAUUAUCACUGAUGGACUCCUUACAUACUUGAUCAGAUCAUAGAUUUUGCUUGAUGCUAACAAUAACAUAAAAUUAAGAGACAAAAAAAGGAGCAGCGUCCUCUCGUGACUCUGCUAGAACGAGAAGCAAGACAAACAUUUUGAUAGAUUUGUGGCCAUCAAGACAGUCAAUGGCGUGAGCUCAUUUGAGCUCCUUUUGUCUUGAUUCAAAAUGCUCUUGUUGCAUGCAACAUUAGAAUUUGUUGUGGUGGGAUUUUGCACAUCUAGCCAGAAUUUGGUAACCUCAUGUUUCUUUUAUCCCAACUGCAUAAUAGAUGCAAAAUCUAAUAGCUCACAUUCCCAACAAAAUUACCCUGUCCUUCUCAAAAGAUACACUAAUGAUGAAAUUACAAUGUGGGCAAAUAAAAUCAUCCCACUUACUGCAUGAAGAAUGGGAUUACAAAACUACCUAUCUCCUUCCUUUCGAGCUCACCCUUGUCAGUCAUUGAGCUGCCAGACACCUGAGAAGAAUCGAUCUCUUGCUUUGUAUUUCACAUUCUUUGUAACCUGAAAAGGUGCCAGUAAAAUUACCAGAGUUCUUUAGGCCUUUAGGGACACUCAUCACCAUUGGUUUCUUUUUUUUCUGAGGCGUGACAAAUGUUGAUCCAACUGGAAGUUCUGCUUGCAAAGUAGGUUGACGUAUUCUAACCUACUCAGAAGAAAGGCUCAGUUUCAUGCAUCUGUUCAUCAACUGUAUUGCCUGCAAAAUCUGGGAUGGUCACAGCAACAAGACAAUAACUCUGUAUUUCCAUGGCUCUUGAAUGUUUAUGCUGGACAGAAGUGUGAAAAAAAGGUAUGAGGUUUACCAAUGCCGGUUUGCACUUUAAGCAAACAAUGAACCAGGAUAAACCGGUAUUUUUCGCCUUUGUACUUGUACAUAGUUAGGCUUGUGGUUAAGGCAAUAGAUAUAUGCAACUCUUCGAAUCAUGAACAGCUCUGAAAACGAAAGCACAUCGACAUUGUUGAAUUUCCUCACGUUGCUAUCGUUCUGAGUCAUCUAUUAGGAACUUUGGCGUGACAAGGAAUUGCUGGACACAUUAGAUGUUCUGGUUGUUGACUUUUGUGUAAAUGGAUCCAACUGUAUGUUGCUUAUGCAAUCAGCUACUCUAUCUAGCGGUAGAGUGUAGACAACCACAUCUUCACUAUUUAUAACGCCAUUUGCGUUUUUA